GACGUCGCCAUAUUGGCAGUUUGUUAUGAUGCAGGACGGACAAGUAUUCAACGAUUAGGGAUUUGUGCACAGGAUGGCAGUCGACUUCUGUGACUACUUUUGGGGGGAGGAACACAAUGGAUGGAAUGUUUUAUACCAGAAUAUGAAGCAGGGACAGACUGCUAGUAAAGAGCUGGCUGAAUUUUUCAAGGAAAGGUGGUCCAUUGAUGAAACUUACUCAAAGUCUUUAGUGAAGCUUGCAAAUAAAGCCAGUACUAACACUGAAAAGGGAACAUGUGCACCGAUUUUUGUUGUGCUGCGCCAGUCGUCAGAAAAAUUGUCUAGUAUACAUUCGCACACCGUCCAACGUGUACAGGACUUAGUUAAGGAGGUAGCCAAGUAUAAUGAUGAUCUACACAAAAAGCAUAAAGGGGUAAAAGAUGAGGAGAGCCAGACAGAAGAGAUUGUGAAAAGUAUCCAGACCACAGGGGGGCUGGCUCAGAAGGCUCGUGAAACUUACAGCCAAAGAUGUCAGGAUCUAGAGAAGGUGCGGAGAGAUGGUGCAUCAUCCAAAGAUGUAGAGAAAGCUGAAGCCAAAUUGAGGAAAGCUCACGAUGAAUACCGUUCUCUCGUCGAAAAGUACAACAACAUCCGUGAAGAAUUUGAAAAGAGGAUGACUACUUCUUGUAUGAAAUUUCAGACUGUUGAGGAAGCACACCUGGCACAAAUGCUACAAUUUGUACAGACCUACAUAAGUGUGCUGCAGAGUAACCAUGAAGCCAUGGGACAGAUUCAUCGUGAUCUCCUUAAUCAGUAUUCUCAAUUCUCUGUGGAAAAACUUCUUGACCAGUUUGCACUCUCCAAACACACUGGCCUGGAGAAGCCAAAUGCAAUGGUGUUUGAGGAUGCAGGUUCUUUAGGCUCAGCAGUAUCUGGCCAACAGUCUCCUGAGCCAACUGAUCAGUCCAAAUCGUCCGCAGAAGAUGGCGGAGGUAGUUCUGCUGGUAGCGUCUUAACUGGAGGUACUGUGGGUGUCACAAGGCCUAGUAGGAAAGAAAGUGGUAAAAAAUUGUUACGGGAGCGUGCUUCAAUGUUUUCCAUGUCCAGGGUUACUUUACGAUCUUCUCCCUCGACCACCACAACAGGCUCUGGUAGUCGAAUAGGGAGUGGGGGGAACAACAGUGGGGUCACCGUCAAUUCUUCCCCCUCCAUCAUUAGCCCCAAAACUACCAGCAUUUUUACCCAGGAUCCUACCUGUUCUUCUGAAAUAAAGACAACUGCUGUCUCAGUGAACACAACUACCACCAAAGCCAACAGCAACUGUGGUACUAACAACAACAAACCAUCUCGCCGCACCACCUCCCUACUCAACCUGUUUGUGGCGUCUACUUCCUCUGCCGGUCGCAGUGAGCGUGAGUGGUCUGCUCCCCCCAGCUAUGACUCAGGUGGGGGGGAAGUUAACCAAGAUGGGGAUGGGGGUGAGCGAGGCACGGAGAGCCUUCCACACUCCCCGGCUAAAGCCUCCCCAGCCCGUGUGACUAGUGCCCCCACCAGCCCCACAGCAGCUGAUGAUCCAAGCCUGGCCCGCACUGUAUUCCGCUCAUCAAAGUGGUUUCUUAGAAGUAGAAGAGAUAGAAAAAACAAAGAGAAAAAAGUCAAGAAAAAAAAAGAUGCAGAUUCUUCUAGUAAUAAAGAAGAAAAAUCAGACAAUGAAACCAAUGAUGACUCAGGACCAAAGACAAGUGAACUAAUAACUCCUUCAGUAACGUCAGUGGCAACAGAAAAGGGAAGUACAAGUGGUCACACUACGAAUGUUGAUGACGAGGGAUUUACAGUACGACCUCAAGAGACAAAACGUUCAGGAGAGGAUAACAGCUUUGAUUCAUCUUCUGAUUCUGAUUCAGAUGGAGAAGCAGACAAAAAGAUUCAUGUAGAGAUCAAGCCAAUCAGCAAUGGCAAUGCCCCGAUGUCUGCCAGUGUUGAUGAAUUACGUGCCACUAUUGAAGGAAUGUCCCUCUCUCCAGUCUCAUUUGCCUCGCCUCGUGUGCCUCCACGCCAGAUAAACUCGGAUGGAAAGAUCAAGAUCAGAUACCUAACAUUACAGAAGACUAGACGACCCUCAACUGAUACACAAGACUCAUUCAAUUCUAUGAGACGUUCCAAUAGUAUCACACAGCAACUAAGCAACAAGACAAGCUCAGCAGACCUGCUUGGACUAAAUCUUAAUUUUGGGACUACUGAGAGCAGCCCAAAAGGUUUAUUGGGGACCAGUGUUGGAGGUGACACAUCUAUAAAUCGACCAAUGUCUCCAGUAUCUAAAGGUGUAUCAUCUCCUGUGCCAUCAGUAACGUCAGUCACUUCACCUGUGCUGGCUCCACCUCCACGAGCUGAUAGAUAUGCAGAGUUAAGUGACAUCUUGAAUGAGACAGAAGCAGAAACUCCUCCUGCACUUCCACCAAGAGCUGGAGGUGGCGGAGGAUCCUCUAGCAGGGGAUCAACACCUACUCCAACAAUGGCUAUUCCUAGACCUCCCUCACGUAAAGCCCUUGAGGGACCAUCAUCAUCACGAGGACGUCAGAGCCCCUCCACAGUGUCUGGCUUAUCACGUGCAGAGUCAGUAUCAAGUUUAGAGUUCCGUACAUCUAGCAUGGUGGGCACUUCACGUGGUCCGUCUCCUCUUACCAUAGGAUUAUCUGAUACUAUACCUCUUGCUGUAGCUUUUCAAGAGCUAUGUCAUGCCUACUUUAGAGGAACAGAUGAAUCUAAGUGUCAAGUAAAGGUAACAGGAGAGAUGAUGUUGUCCUUUCCUGCAGGCAUCGUUGGUGUACUUACCAACAACCCAUCUCCUGCACAACUUUCAUUUAAGGUCAACAACUUUGCUAAAGUUAACAGUGUUUUACCCAACAAGCAGCUUAUAACAAUGGAUAAUGAUCAAUCAACACCAGAAUGUGGAGUUUUCAACUUUAAUAUGAAUGCACUCACCUCUUUGUUGAGAAAACAAGCUGAAAAUAAUCCCUCUGCAUCAUACUUCAAUGUUGACAUGGUCAAAUAUCAGGUAAGUUUGGUAUGAAGUAUGGUAUUGUGGUAUUGUAUACAGAACACUUGCUGAGAAGCCUUGUGUGUCAGUGAAGUGUGUACUAUAUAGAUGUGUAGGUUAAGGGUUUUGAAGAAGGAAGGUAGAUCAUCAUGCAAAUUAUUUCAAUUUUUUAUCAUUGAGUAUAUGUACUGGAUAAUACAGUACAAGAUUACUUUAUACUGUAGAAUCCCAGUUUUCUGGUACAGUAGAACGUUUAUAUAACACGAGAUACAUUCCAAGAGAGGUCGCUUUAAACUGAAUUCGCACUAAA